AACCCUGAGGACUAAUGAAGUCUAUGUUAUCGAAUAACGUUGGUUUGUGAACGUUUUUAAUGUAAUUCUUUUGUUGCCAUGGCCAUUGAAUUGAAACUCUGGACAUGGUACCAAUCUUUGUUUAUUAUCACCAUUAUUUCAAGAGAAGCAAACAGCAGUACAGACAAUAAAACAGAGAUUCCUCAUCAAGUGCACCAGCCUCUGGGGGCCUGUCCAUGUGAUCUCACAGCAGACAUUUGUGAUCUGCGUUGCUGCUGUGAUAUGGAUUGCUCCUUGACUGUCAGCCAGUUGUUUGAGUCCUAUUGUCUGCCUGGGCCAUUGGGUGGUAAUGUCAGUCUUAUCCCGGACUACCAGUGCUCUAAUCAAACGUUUGAAAAUACACCAGACUGGUUUCUUUUUCUGUGUGUCACAUCACCAGCAGAAAACAAUCCACUGCUUGGACUACAUUAUAAUGGAAAGACAGUGACUCCCAAGAGUACGCCAUCAUUUAAAAAUCCAAAGCUGACCCUUCCACUUUCUGCGAGCAGUUAUAGGCAAGGAAAGCCAAUCAUUACUGCCUCAGACGGAUAUUUCACCAUACCUCAGAGGUCAUUGCUUGGCCAAUGUAUGGAAAACACACCUGUGGGUUUCCUGGAAAAUGUUCAGACUGACUGCAUCAAAUACCCCCUCUUCUGCCCACCCUUACCAACUAAUCUGGCAGAAGACAUAAGAGAUGGACAUGGAGGGUUAGUGACUAUCAAUGUAACUCAGAAGUUAGGAACUGACCAAACACCCUUUCUGUCGUGGGCCCCAAAUGCGAAUAAUGUAUCAGCAGAUCAGCAGGUUUUGUGUGAGAAUGUGACCUUGGCCUGGAAUUACACUUUUUAUUGGAGAGGAGAAGGCCUUUCUGGUAUCACUCUGGUGCGCACCUUUGGGAAUGUAUUUUUGGACCACCACUUGCCUUUGAUCACCAAGAUCUCAGUAACUUUUGUGAAUGGAGAUAUUGCAGCUCCAACUCACUCGGGGGUGUCAGGUUACCUAGUUGGAAGGCAUGUCAUUGGCGGCGUGAUGUCACCAAGCAUGGUCAUACACAGAGCUGCCUUGAAUUUAUGGCAUUCAGGUGAACAUGGGCUCUGUGAGCCCGCUAGCAUGAGGCCUGUGAUUUUUGGAGUCAACUCCACCUCAGGCUGCAUGUUUCCUGUUAGCCUGGAUAACUUCACUGAAUGUAGCAGGCUCAGAGAUGCUGUCCAAACCAUGUUAACAUCAUUAGUGACUGCUACACUCAUUGCUAGGAAUGGAAAUCCAAACUUCUCCAGCCUGGCUAACUGGGUGAAUGUUACCAGCAUUGUGCAUGAUACCAAAAAAAAUAUGAGCCCUGCCUUUCCUGGUCUGUGUGAGGAUGUCCCCUCUCAGCUCCAUGUUGUUAUCUACUGCAGUGGUGGACCACAGACUGAGAUAACAGCUGUAGAAAUUCAUCACAAACCAACAACAUGGAGGUUACAGUGUGAAAGUGGAACUUACUGCCAAGAUCUCAAUACAACUCAGUAUUUUCCUCUCACCUCCACCAUCACUUUCAGUGAAGAAUUAUUGCACAGUCUUCCUCCCAAAACAAGGUUCCAGAUUACCUUUACAGAAUUUGACUGUACAAGGAAUGAUGUCUGCUGGCCAGAGCUGACAUUUCCUCUCACUAGAUACUAUACAGGUGAGCCUUCUUCCCAGGCCUUGGUUAAGGGCAUCUUUUUAAUGUUCCUCUUCAUUAUUGCUUCUCUGCUGGGAUCAUGGAGACAGAUCAGGCAGGCAUUGAGCAAUUCUGAAUUUUAAGAUACUGGUAGCAGAUACAGUACACAAGAAAAAAUCUAUUAGAGGACCCCAUUAUUACUUCUGCUAUUUUUUUUAACUAUGUUAUCAAUGAACUGAACUGACUUGGAAAAAACUAUGUUUUUUCUGUACACUGUUAAUGUAAAUUAGUGUAGAUAUGUAUUAUUAUGUAUGUACCAAUAAUGUAACAGGGUGAAGUGUGUGUGUGUGUCUGUCUGUCUGUCUGUCUGUCUGUCUGUCUGUCUGUCUGUCUGUCUCUGUGUGUGUGUGUGUGUGUGUGUGUGUGUGUGUGUUUCUUGUUAAACUUCAUUGUCUUUCAUAUUUGGGUAGAACUGAACAGGGGGUUUCUGUGAAGAAAUUGAUUUUUGAUUUUAGGAAUAGAAGCAGUAAGAUGUCCAGAAUUGUUUUCCCAUUUCUCAUUUUAGAGAAAAUGCAGAAACUUGUACAAUAAAGUUCUUUGCAGCACAGAGAAGUAAA